AUGAGGAUGCAUUUCAAUACGCGGGAGAUCCGUGUGCUGCUGCGCAAGGAUCUCCUGGUGCGAUGGCGCCAAAAGGGCCUCACCCUCACGCUACUCAUUUGGCCCAUUCUGCUCUUCAUGAUGCUGUAUUUGAUACGCAUGAAGUAUGGCUCCGAGGAGAAGGCCGCCUGCCAGUAUCCCACCAGACUGCUGCCCACCAAGAACCAAAUGGUGCCCAGUGCCUUCUCCUACAUUUGCAGCCUCGAGAACAAGUGCCUGCCAGCGACGCCCUACGAGGAGUACACCAAAUGGAGGGGCGCGCCACUCCACUCUGUGAUCGGUGUGGUGAAUGUCUUUGUGACGGAUGACAAGCUGCACACGGCCAUCGUGGAGCUGGCGGAGAAGGCGAACUUUGUGUCCGCGGUGACGGCACUCAUAACCAGCGAUCAUCUAGACAUUAUACGCACAAACAUCACGGAAAUUAUCUCCUUGGUGCCAGAGAUUGAGCGCAUGAUGAACUACAGCUUUGACGUCAAGCACUUGUUCUCCAAUCGCGAGACUUUUGUGAAACUGGGAACGCUGCUGUGUGGCCAUCCAUUUCCCAGCACGGAGAGCAUUCCUUUGGUCAAUGACAUCCUCUAUUCGGAGGACUUUAGCGAGGUGAAUGACGCGGAACUGGAUGCCAUGCCAACCAAGUACUGCAAGCGGCUCUACCUGGAUGUGACCUCCACGAAUCAGGGCAAGCUCACAUGGAACACCAUCAAGCCGAUAAUCCAGGGCAAGAUACUCUACACUCCAGCGAAUACACUCACGGAGAGUGUGGUGAAGUUUAGCAAUGCCACCUUCGAGGAGCUGGACAAACUGAAGCAACUGUCGCAGGCAGCGGGCACAAUCCUCACCAAACUCCACACGAAUGCCACCUUUCAGUUGGCCUUUGAUAAUCUGCUGAAGCUGGCCCGCUCGCCGCUGGUGAAGAGCGUUGUCGGCGAUGAUUUUGACAUCGAGGAGAUCGAGCGAGUGUUCCUGUUCAUACGCACGAAUCAAAUCAUCUAUGACAUACUCACCACCGUCUCGGAUCUGAUGGAGUGCGUGUCUGCGGACCGUUUUGUGGCCGUGGAUAGCGUGGAGGAGCUGCAGCAGCGCGCCUACGAUCUCAACCAGAAGCGCAUGUUCCUGGCGGCCCUGAACUUCGAGAGUGUCGGCACCAAGGAGGUGGUCUAUCGCCUGCACAUGGACACGGACAACACGCAGCCAACGUUCGAGAAUAGGAACCGCUUCUGGUUCCCCGGACCCGCGGACAGCAUGAUCAUCGACAUGAAGUACCAUCGGGGGUUCGUGCAGCUCAAGCAAAUGGUGGAUCUGGGCAUUGUCAAGCACAAGCGGGACGAGGCGGGCUUCAUUGCGGAGGAGCCCGCCACCCGAUCGCCCGGCAGUUUGUUCAGCAUCAAGGCUGUGGAUGCCGCAGACGACGAUGACGACGAUGAUGAUGAUGACUUUGAUCUGAGCAUCGAGAGCACCUCCUCGGAGGCUAUCACCUCAGCCAUCCAGGAUCCAGAGACCACUGCCCCUCCACCCAGCACCACAGUGGCGCAGGAAACGAAGGAAACAACCUUUAAGCCAGGGUUUCUGCUCAACCUGGAGGAUGUACAGGGCGGUAAUGGGAAUACUGAUGGCGAUGGCGAAGUACUCAGCCGCUCGAAGCGUCAGGGCCUGCUGGAUCUGCUGAGCGGCCUUGGGGGCGGCGGUGCCGGCAACAAGAAGCCCAAGUUCGAGGUGGACAACAUGCAGUUCUACACGAAACAGUUCCCCUAUCCCGCGUACGUCAACGAUGAGUUCAAGCGGGGACUCUAUCUCGCCCAGGCCGUGCAGCUGGCCUACUGCCUGGGCCUGGUGGUGGCCGUGGCGAUCUGUGUGCGGGAGCGCAUCUGGAUGCGAGAGAGCAGAAACAGUAUGUUGAUGCGUUCGAUGGGCUUGAAGGCUCACUCGGAGCUGCUGGCCUGGGCCUUGAUGAGCCUCAUGGAGCUGUGCCUGAUCUUUGUGCUCAUCAGCGUGGUGCUCUACAGCGGCGGCAUCCUCUCGCACACCAACUGGUUCUUCGUGAUGUUCUACUGCCUGAGCUUUGGCGCCUGCCUCAUCUCCUUCUGCUACAUGUGCUCCAAUUUCUUUACCUCUGCCAACAUUGGUGCGGUGGCCACAUCGCUGCUGUUCUUCAUCAGUCUCUGCCCCUUCAUCAUUGUGCUGAUGUUCGAUGCAAAGUUGAAUCUGCUGGAGAGCUUCCUGGUGGAUCUCUCCUUCACGACGGCCUUCGCCAAGGGCUGGGGCGAACUGAUGCGCAUGGAGCUGCAGCAGCAGGGCCUCACCUGUGGCCAACUCAUCCAGCUGGGACCCGCGCGCAGCGAGUGCGCCAUGGCAAUGCUGAUGUUCCUGCUCGACUUUCUGCUCUACGCAGCCAUUGGCUAUGCCUAUCAGAGGUGGAAGAAGACCGAGUACAGCUUCGUGCGGGUUGUGCGCUCCCAUUUGGACGACAAGUUGGGCGCCUCGCUGCUGAAUGUCACGAAGCUCUACGGCAACCGGUGUGCCGUGUCCAAUCUGAAUCUGGACUUUGCUCGCAAUCAGGUGAGCUGCCUGCUCGGUCGCAAUGGGGCCGGCAAGAGCACCCUCAUCAAGCUGCUCACCGGCCAGAUCCGGCAGACGGGCGGCAAGGUGCUGCUCGCCGGGGAGCACAAUGUCGGCGUUUGCUGGCAGGACAACAUUCUCAUACCAAAGCUGUCGGCACGCGAGCAUCUGCAGUUGUAUGCCAACAUAAAGAUGUCCCCCAGUGGCAGUGGCUCUGGAUCGGGCGAGAUGGCGUCGGCGGACAGCGUCGAGGCGGAGGUGAGUCGCACACUGAAGAGCCUCAAUUUUGGCCAGCACGAGGACUAUCCGUCGUGGCAGCUGUCGGGUGGCUAUAGGCGUCGCCUCUGUGUGGCCAUUGCCUUCAUUGCCUCGCCCAGUGUCGUCAUCCUGGACGAGCCGUGCAACGGCGUGGAUGCCAAGGCGCGCAAGGACAUCUGGCAUCUGAUCGAACAGCUGCGCCAGGGUCGAGCCGUGAUAUUUGCCACCCACUUUCUGGACGAGGCCAAGUACCUCAGCGACUCGCUGGUCAUCAUGCGCAACGGUCGCAUCAUUGCCCAGCACAGUCGCGACUCGUUGCAGCAUCUCUGCACGGCCAAUUACAGCCUGAAGAUGCGCUGCGCGGAUGCCCCAGUGGCGGCUCAUGUGGCGGCCAGGAGCAAGCAGUUGCUGACCAACAGCCAGCUGCUGCCUGCCAGCGAGGAGGAGCUGAACCAGCAUCGGCUGACCAUCAGCGCCAGCUAUGCGGAGAAUCUGACACCCGCUGCCGUGCAGUUCCUGGAGCUGCUGCAGCAGCAGGAGUCCCUCGGAGCCAUCAGCGAGGUGGAGCUCUCGUCGAGCAGCAGCCUGGAGCAGGAGUUUGAGCAACUCAGUCGCAACGAGGAGCAGCCAAAGGUGGGACCAGCAGCAGCAUCAUCGGAGAGCAGCAUUGUGGCGGGACCCGCGGACGUGUCCGAGGAUCCACCCUCGUCCUGUGUGCAGAUGCGACUGCUGUUUGGCAAGCGCCUGCGGCACUUGGCCCGCAACUAUCGCCUGCUGCUGUACGUGCUCCUGCUGCCGGCCGUGUUCGAGCUGUGUGCCAUGUGGUUCGUCAGCUAUCGCCUGGAGGAUGACUUUGACACGGUGCUGCCCCUCACCAGGGCCCUCUACCCGCACAGCGUACAGCUGCUCAGCCGCGAGAGUCUCACACCAUUCACCGAGCAGCUCUAUCCAGGUCUAAGAGCCAGCUGCGGUGACUCCUCCGCCGACUGCCAUGAGUUCAGUGACUCUGCGCAGGCGUACGACUGGGUGCUGACGACCCUCGAUGAGUUCAGGGAGCGACGCUACGGUGGUUAUGGGUUGAACGGGUCGGGUGCCACUGUCUGGUACAACAACAAGGGCUACCACGCAAUGAUGGCCUGGCUGAACGACCUGAACUCGGAGCUGCUGCGCACCAGCCUGAACGACUCGGAGUACGGGAUACUCACCCGCAACGAGCCGUGGAAGCUGGGCUUUGCGGAGCUCAGUACCAGCUCGCUGCUGCGGCAGGCUGGCGACUCCUGCAUGGUGUUCAUAUUGCUGAUUGCCUUCGGGCUGGUGGUGGCCGCCAAUGCCGUUUAUCUCGUCAACGAGCGCAUCAGCGGUGAGAAGCUGCAGCAGCGACUGUGCGGCGUCUCGGCUGUGACCUACUGGCUGGUGGCCUUCCUGUGGGACUAUCUGAUCAUGGUGCUGGCCCUCGUCGUUUGCCUGGGCAUCGUGCUGAUCUUCAGCAUGCCGGUGUUUGUCGCCAGACAGCAGCUGAUUGGCAUCAUUGGACUCUCAUUGAUGUUUAGCUUUGCCUGCGUUCCGGCUGUACAUGUGGCAGAGAAGCUGUUCAGCGACUCGAGCAUUGCCAUUGUGUCGAUCUUCUGUGCAAACAUGAUCAUUCCACUGGUCACCAUGGGCAUCAUACUCAUUCUGGGCGUUGUGGGCGAGGGCACUGCGUGGGAUGGCUGGCGGCAUGGCCUGAACGAGGCCUUCCUCAUCUUCCCCCAGCACGCGCUGGGCGAUGGACUGCUGGAGCUGUGCAAGAACUACAUGGUGGCGCUGAUAUUCAAGCGCUACGACAUCGACUCGUACAAGCAUCCGCUGGCCAGCGAUCUGCUGCAGCGCCACUUCAUUGCCCUCGCCCUGGUGGGUGUCGCGGCACUCGUGCUGAAUGUCCUCAUCGAGUGCCAUCUGCUGCAGCGGCUGUGGAAGCGCCUGGAGCGCCUCCUCGACUGGCACUACCGCCGCGAGCUGGACAAGCUGCAGCAGCUGAAGAUCGUCAGUCUGCAGAGCAUCUUCAAGGGCUGCGUGGAGCCGGGCGAGGCUCUGCGUGCGGACAACCUUUGGGUGGCCUACAGCCGCGGCCGCUACGCCGUCCGCCAGGUGCACUUCGGCGUCAAGCGGGGCGAGUGCUUCGGGCUGCUGGGCAAGAAUGGGGCUGGCAAGUCCACCAUCUUCAAGGUGCUCACCGGGCAGCUGGAGCCAAAUGUGGGGCACAUCCACCUCGAGCAGCCCGGCGUCUCCUACUGCCCGCAGAGCAAUCCGCUGGAUCCGCUGCUGACCGUGCGCGAAUGCAUCCUCUUCUAUGGCCGCCUGCGUGGCAUUCUGCAUCUGGAUCUGCUGCUGGCGCGGGUGCUGGACACCUACGAGCUGCGCUCGUACCGGGAUGUCCAGGUGCGGAACCUGAGCGGCGGCAAUCGACGCAAACUGACGGUGGCCGCCACCUGCUGCGGCCACACGCCCACCGUCCUCAUGGACGAGCCCACCAGCGACAUGGAUCCGGUGACGCGGGAGUUUGUCUACGCGACCAUUGAGCAUCUGCUGGCCGCCCGCCGUGCCGUCGUGCUGACUUCACACUCGGUCUCCGAGAUCGAGCAUCUGUGCCAGCGCGUGGCGGUGCUGAAGGCGGGCCAGAUCGUGGCCAGCAGCAGUCCCGCCCGGCUCAAGGCCGAGCAUGGAGGCUACUACAGCGUCAGCUGUUUCUGCCCACCCGCCCAGCAGGCACUGCUGGCCAAGAUGCUGCCACAGCGGCUGCCGGGCGCCUGCGACCUGCAGCACUACGCCCACAGUCUGCGCUUCCUGGUGAAGGUGCGUGCGGGCGGAGACACCUCGACACCUGGGGCUGCUCCCUGUCCACUGCUCUCCGAGCUGUUUGCCGCCCUGCGGGACAUGUCCGUGGGCAUCACCCGCUUCUCCGUCAACCGCUGCCGCUUCGAGGCGGUCUUCGAGAGGAUACUGGAUUGCAGCGAGAAGACCCUCUCCGUCUCCGCCUCGAAUGGCCUGCAGGAGGAGGAGAAUGGGCUGCCCAGCAAAUCGGCGGCUGUUAGCGGUUCCAUUUCCACCGGCUACAUCCACUGCGGCUACGAGGAGACGACCACUUGAGUGAUUCUUUCGCUGCAUCGCUGCAAUAAUUAAUUAAUUGAUUGUCUUUAGUCAUAUUUUUUUUGUUUUUUUUUUUAUUUAGAGACGAGAAUAUGUGUGUGUGUCGUUUUUUUUAGUUUUUUUUUUUGUGAUAAGAUCGGACGCGGAUCCAGUGAUAGUUUUUCAAUAUUUCUGUUUCUGCAUCUGUUUUCUGUUCGGGUAUUCUGUUAGACAAUAAGUUUGGACCAGCAAAAGACCUAUUUAUUUCGAUACGUUAUACGUUUCUACUACAUAAAUGCAGCUAUGCCAAUGCCCCCUUACAACGACCCUCGAAACAGGUUCAUCAGGCACAAGUUCUACGAGUGUACAAUACCUCUAAUAUUACCUACGAUACGACAUUUACAAUACAAUACGAUAUGCUGGAAUAUGAAUAAAGUGAAAGUAGUAAAUGUGUGAGAAAAUAA